AUGGGAAGGGGGGGGGGAAUCCAGCAUCCUUAUAGAGCACUCGAUCUCAAUCUUGCGACAUGGGGAGGGGCAACAGGGUGGGAAGACCAAGAGUCCAAGCGCGUGCCGGACUCGCAUUCUGCAGCAGCCGGUUGCCUCACUGUCAGCUUUGCGCACGGUGAUUUGACACUGCGAGACAUGGUGGUGAUAUGGAAUAGAGACGCUGCAUUGCUAGGUGGUGUUAUUCGGACCGCAUCUACCAAUAAAUCUCUGGCGAUGCGAAUCCUUUGGGACUUGACGUGGCCACGGGGGACCGUCUCACUGGUUCACAGGAGGGAAACGACUUGCGUCCCUGGCCAAGACGUCGCGGACAGGAUGAUGCAAGUCUGCAUCCGGAUCACUGAGAUGAUUGGACCUCAGCGAUUUUCCUCCUCGUCUCAGCCUGGCUGGUCGCUGACAGGGCUUAUCAUGAAUGGAACUAUGGAACGCCGUCCGGAUCUACCCAGAGCCAGUAAAUGCUGUUUGACGGGUUCCAACGAUCAAUCAUCAUCCUUUCCCUCAACAGCCCCGCUUUCCGUGUGA